UGUAAUGUAGCGAUCUCGCGUCGUGGUGUCGUCGCGCGCAAUUUUCUCGAAACCGUAAAUUCCGGCUUAGCUCGUUAGUCCGGCUGUGCUCUUCCGUUUAUGUCGCGACAUGUCCUCGUAUGCUAAUACCUCAACAGCGCAGCACGAAGCAAUCCUCCGCUGGCUAGGGGCGCGCUCGCACGAAUGGAAGGCAUGAUCAAGGUUGGACGACGAGAAGCUGGAUCUCAUUAACAAUACCAUUCUACCCGAGGCCGUACAUUUUUGGGAGCGAGCGUUGAUGGUGCGAGAGACGAAGAGUACUAUUAGACUGAACAGGAAAUGCGAGAGUAGUCAAGUUUUCGUCAAGGACCACCACACACACUGCAUAGAUACCUGCCGUCCUGUUACUAUGUGCGGCGAGGUAGUCGUCCCGGAGGACCAUCUCGAUGUCUGUCGAACGUGUAACGCAACGGGACACAAUUGCGGGACAGCUGAGGGAAGCAAAGCAGGUCUGGGAAUCGACGGUGCCGAUUUUGUCUUCUACGUAUCUGCUAUGCAGACUGAGAGAUGCCACAAGGGUUUAACUGUAGCUUACGCUGCUCAUUGUCAACAGGAAGCUGCCUUAGAUCGACCGAUAGCUGGCCAUGCCAACCUAUGCCCAGGAAGCAUCAGCACGAAACCGCAAGAGUUGGAAACGUUGCUCAGCACCGUUAAACACGAGAUCCUGCACGCCUUAGGAUUUUCAGUGAGCUUGUACGCUUUCUACCGGGAUGAGAAUGGCGAGCCCAGAACGCCCAGAAGAAGCGAUACUGGGAAACCACCCCUUAAUGAAAAGUUGCAAACGCAUCAGUGGAGCGAGAACACGAUCAAAACCGUGGUCAGGCCUCGCUGGCAAGUGCACGGCGGUUACGUGGAGAGGACCAUGCAAAUGAUAGUCACGCCUCGAGUUCGCGCCGAGGUCCAAGCGCACUUUAAUUGCCCGGAACUCGAGGGCGCGGAAUUGGAAGACCAGGGCGAGGACGGCACGGCGCUCACGCAUUGGGAGAAGCGCGUAUUCGAGAACGAGGCUAUGACGGGGACGCAUACACAAAAUCCAGUUUACUCGAGGAUAACGCUCGCUCUCAUGGAGGACACCGGUUGGUAUAGCGCCAACUACUCGAUGGCGCAAGAGCUGGGAUGGGGGAAAAAUCUGGGAUGCAACUUCGCCAUGAAAUCCUGCAAGGAAUGGAUAUCCUCCAAGUCGUCUCCGCUCUCAGGCAAGUCGAUACAUCCGUUUUGCAACAAAGUGAAACAGGAUCCGUUGCAGACCGAAUGCACGGACGAUCGGAGUUCAGUGGCCUUGUGUAACCUGGUGAAACAUCCGCAGCCGCUACCUAAGAAAUAUCAAAACUUCGACUCGAUUCCUCACGUACCAAGCGGAGAGGAACAAUAUUACGGCGGUUCGGUAUCUCUGGCAGAUUAUUGUCCUUACAUACAAGAAUUCACAUGGAGGGCACGAAAUAUAGUAGUCAGAGGUUCCCACUGUCUUUACGAGGAGAACAAUCCACACCCGGACAAGAAUUUCGCGUUGGAGAAGUACGGACCUCACUCGAGAUGUUUCGACCAUACUAACGACAUGUGGGAGGAGAGGACUUGCAAGCAGGCGCGACAAUGGCAACACUGGGGCUCCGGUUGCUACUUGUACAAGUGCGGGACCGGCAGACUGCACAUUAUGGUCGGCAACUAUACUUACACUUGUUUCCACGCUGGGCAGGAGAUUAUUAUAAGAAUCAUGCAGAACGGUUGGCUGCACAAGGGUGCCCUGAUCUGUCCCCCCUGCCGAGAUAUUUGCCAGGCGGAAUUUAAAGCACGAGGCGAAUGGUGUAAGCCAGGGGACGAGCAUCCGCCUUCCAUAUAUUAUCACAAAGACUAUCUGCACUGUGCGUCCGCGAAUAGCUUCGGCUUAAGUAUAUCAACGCCCAUCGUUGCAAUCCUGCUCUUCAUCGUUAGAUGAUACGUCAUUUUGCUUUAGUUAAUAUACUAACUAGCAUCAUUGAAUCUAGGCCCAUAAGUAUCAUUUAUGAAACCACACAUCGUUUGGUAGUGGCACUUCCAGUCCGAUCAGAUAAUACUUUAUUUUUGGCGAUGGCGUCUGCUCGAGUUCUUGUUACCGUAAAAACGAACAGCGAUGAUGAUGAACAACGCAGCGGUCGAGGUGACAAUCGCAAUUAAGCUUGUUAUCUGUCUGACAUUGGCCAAAUGAUUUAAUAUGCAGAAUCAUAUUGUUACUUGGCUUCAAAUGUGCUGCGCACGUAAUGAAUGCACGUAUUAAAUUUGGAUUGAACGAUCCACGGUGAUAACAUGACGAGGCACUUCUUUUUAGUGCCAAUCUUGUAUUUUAUGUGCUCCUUCGAUUAUUUAUCUCUAAUCAGUCUGCCGAUUGUUUUUGGUUAUUUCAUUGUUUUGCUAUAUGAUUAAGUAUAUGAUAUUUCUUUUUCUUAUUAUUUUAAAUACAAAUUUUCCUUGGUUUCUCUUUCUCUUUAGAAUAAAGUUUGCAUAUCUCAGUCGCUCGCGAUUCAAGUAAAUCAUUAUACCAUAGUUCAUAAAUGACUGCUAUUCGACUGUACACACACACACACACACACUCCUGCAACUGCUGCCGAUGUAAGCCUAAUAUGGGACAUUACGAAUGAUAGAAAUUAAUUGUAAAGAGUGUAAGUUUAACGAAGAAAGGCUAUACAUUGUCGACAAAUGUUAAUGUAAAAUACAUAUUUUGCGUGAUAUGAUAAUGCGAACAAUAGGUACAUAUACAUACAUCGUAGAAAAAGUAGAAAUAUGUAUAUACCAAGUACAUCUAUUAUUUAUGCAGUCUAUAUUAUUAGCAAAAUGUCGUGGGUUGCUGCAUGGGUUUUGUCAGCACAUCUUUUCUUUCCAACACAAUUGUUUCUGAAAAUCUAGUGUUUAAGUCAGAUAUUACAAAUAAUUAAGCUUUGAUUUGAGUGUUCAUGAAAGAGGGGGGACUCAAUUUUCAUUCCUUCAAGAAUAUAAUGAGACAUUGAAAGUAUUGAUGUUAACAAAAGUCUGAAACUGAAGACAUUGUGUUCUUGAACCCAAGUCCAACUUGUUGUAACGUGUUGCUGAUAUUAACAAACCAGUGACAAACCUUUUUGUGCGUUAAAAUACGUAAGUCAUAUCGAAUACAAUAAGUUAGAAAAAAAUGUUUGAAUUAAAACGAAAAAGUGUCUGAUCGGUUUAUCAAGAAUUAUCGAUUGUUGUGAAUCUGGAUAUCGUGAGUGUAAAUGAUAGGAUACAAUUUUGUAUAUAUAAUUCUACUAACACGAAGUAUAAUAAUGCAGAUUCACAAUAGUAGUUUCCUAUUAAAUAUUAAAUAAUAAUAUUAAAAGUCUUAGCAGUUAGCAUAACAUAUCUUGUGUUCGAUAAAAUGCGAUAAAUCUCUGGUUAUUUGUCAUAAAAAAAAAAAGAAAGCGGAAGACACUCUUAUUUUUCGUUAUUUGCAUGUUCUAUGUUGUCUGGCAGAUGUCUGACACAAUUUUUGUGAAAAAUUAUUUUUAUCGCGGACUUUUGCGGUAAAAAUGAAUUCGUAUACUCAUUUGUAAUUUUAUAUAUAUAUAUAUAUAUAUAUAUAUAUAUAUAUAUAACUACAUCUGUAUAAUGAAAACACGCUAUUUAUUAUUUCUUGGAUGCUUUAUCAUGGAUAUAAGUAUAUCAGCGCAAUGAAUUGCGCAUGUGAGGCCCAGUUCCACAAUUACUUUAAACGUAGUUUAAAUCAUUAAACCAAGUUUUAAAGAAAUGUCGCGUUUAACGUUGAUUUUCGUGGUUAAAGUUAACGCCAAAUUUUGGGUGUUUAAUGAAUAUAAACAAAGUUUAAUACUGUAGCGCUACCGAUUUCAAAAUUUGUCUAGCAACGUCUUCAUUUAUUAGCAACGUGAGCAACCAAUCACAUUUGAUGUUUGAAAAAAAUAGAAAUCUUUGACAGUUUCUUCCUACAGACAGAUAGGCUUAGCUAAACUACAGUUACAAACACAAUGUGAAUUAUUCGCACAAGUUUAACCAUGGCGUUAAAUGUACGGUCGUUCAGUUAAGCUCGGUUUAAGUUCGAUUUUGUGGAACUGGACAUAAAAUAUCGAUAACAUUAUCCUACUGACAAAACGGCGAAUGUAAGUAUAUGGAAUGUAUACACACACACACACACACACACACACACACACACACACACACACACACACACUGAAAUCUGUAUAUUAAUCAUAAUAAGGGUGUAUAAUUAAUGCAUUCAAUAUCUUCGUUUUGUCGUUUUGAUCUUCGUUAACUGCUUUAGGGUUGCAGUCUAGAUGCGACGAUGGAGUAUCACUUUGUCAAUUUGCACAAAAAAAAA